AUGGCCAGUCCAUUCUACAGCAACCGAUGGAAUUACCCGCGUCAAUACUACUACCCCGCCGUGCAUUCUCCUUCUACCGCACCGCCGGCGCGAAAGGUGGUGUCGGUCCCAGUCCACUUCGUCGACUCCUCUUCUCCGGCUCCACCGAGUCCUUCGGAUCUGCCGCUCCGCAGAUCCGACUCGGCCGCAAAGAAGAUCCAGAAGGUGUUCAGGGGAUUCACGGUGAGAAAGAGCUUGAAAAAGAUUGCAGGGAUACGAAACGAGGUUAACGCGGUGGAAAUCAGGAUCUCAGAUACGACGGAUCUGAUUUGCAGAGAUGCCAAGGAGCGGCUCAAUGUUAACGAGACUCUCAUGAGUUUGCUCUUCAGGCUCGAUUCCGUCCCAGGCUUGGACCCCGGCGUUAGGGAUCUCAGGAAGCGAGUCAUCAAGAAGGCGAUCGCGUUGCAAGAGUUCGUCGAUUCAAUCGCCGUUUCUGGAUUGGAAAAUCACGAAACCCUAGAAUCAGCAGCAGCAAUUGAAGCUGAAGACAACGCCCACGGCGAUUUGGAGCCCGACUCUCCCGAUCAACCAAAAGUUCCCGGGGAGCAUAACGACAGGCAGACCGAAAGCCAAUCGGACUCGACGGAGGAUCUGCAAAAUUGGACGCUGGUGGAAGAAGAAGAAGAAGAAGCAGCAGCAGAUGAUAGCGACAGUAGUAACGCCGGUGAGAAGCAGGAGGGAGAUUAUCCGGAGAAGAAUGGUGAAGAAGAAGAGAAGAGGAAGAACAGGGAUCUGCUGGAGAAGAUGGCGGGGGAGAACGAGAGGAUGAUGGGGAUGAUGGCGGCGUUGUACGAGAGGAAUCAAAUGCAGACUCGGCUACUGAACGCCUUGUCUCAGAGGGUGGAACAGCUGGAGAGGGCCUUCAUCUGCGACAAGCUGCGGCGGAAGAAGCGGCGGAGUGGGCUUGGAAUCGCCGCCGACUGUGUGCCGGAAAGUACACAAACCUGGAAGAAGUUGUAA